AUGACGUCCUUCCUCUACCACUUCGCCCUCCCCGAGGAUGUCUUCGCCAGUCCGGCAGCUUCCAUUCUGCUGCCCAUUGCCCUCGGCACAGCCGUUGGCUACAGCACGCGGCCCAAAGAAAACGACCCUGAAGUCCAUGCUCUGAAGCAACCGCCCUUCAGGCCUCCCCCGCGCAUCUUUGGACCCGUCUGGACGCUCCUGUACGGCACGAUGGGCUAUGCAGCGCAUCUCGCCAUCGGACAAACAACUACAGGACUGGACAUCUCCGGACAUACAAAGGCUGUCAGUGCCGGCUUAUACACACUGCAGCUCGGCCUUAACCUUGCGUGGAUGCCACUCUUCUUUUCGUUGAAGCGGCCGGUUGAGGCGACGGUGGACGUGGUGGCACUGCUCGGUAUCAACGGCUAUUUGACGGCGUUGUGGCUGGACAAUGUGAGCACUGAGACGGCCGGAUGGCUGAUGGUGCCUUACGUGUCCUGGCUGGCGUUUGCGACUUAUCUGAGCGCGGGCACGGGCUACCUGAACGGCUGGUCGUUCGGAUCGUCCAAGGCGACGAAGAAGGAGUAA